UAAAUAGAGAUUCGUAUUAUUCACUGUUUGUUACAAUAAACACUUUGGAUGUUAUUAUGUUCUUAGACAUCAUGUGCACUCUGUAUAAAAACACAGCCAUAAAUAUUAGGACACCUUCUCGUUGCACGUAUUAAGAAAUUACAAUGAAAUUUACUCUAUUUCGUAUCUUACACGGUAAGACAUAUUGUAUGUAUGUAAAUACUUGAAAAAUAAAAACAACGAAAUACAUGGAAUUUGUAAAUGUUAGCUGAUGUCCUGAUACUAGUGGCCGCAUAAUUGUAUAUUUUGAUGUAUUUGUAAUAUAGAAGUACAUCGUAUAAGAGAAAUACAAAACUUCAAAACGAAGAUUAUUUUUUCGCGUAAAACAAUCGAUUCCUAAUUUUUUAACUGUAACGUGCCUUACCUCUCUUCAGAUGUUCCAAAACUCGGCGAAUUCAUCGGCAAAUCUAAAAGGUUCCUUGGAAAUGAAUUAUUUCCUGGCAAGCUAUUGUGUGUUUGGCUCGCUACCACUGCUCCAGCAGAUCUGCGUAUUGAUAUUGCAGGCAAUGCACAUUUUCGUCAACGCGGUUGCUCAUUGCGCCAACGAUGGAUUAUUCUUCAGCUUAACGAUGCAUCUCUGUGGCCAGUUCGAGGUUCUCAAGAUGAAUUUUACCAAGUUCGAGCUGCAGCAAUUUGGCUGUCACAAAAAGCUUCGAUUUCUCGUGAAACGACACUGUCAGCUCCUGAUGCUGGCCAAUGAUCUCGAGCAAACCUUCAAUAUGAUCAUUCUCGUACAGCUACUGAUGAGCGCCUUGUUAAUUUGCGUCGAAGGUAAAAAUAUGCUAUUUUUACUUCCAUUUUACCUAUUUUCUUCAUUUUCCCUUAUCAUAUCAGGUUUCGUGUUCCUGGUCUGUCUGGCCACGAGAGACAACGUCGGUGCAUUGAAAAGCGUCGUUCUGAUGGUGACGUUACUUAUACAGCUGUACCUUUACGCGUAUGCAGGCGACGUUCUCGAGUCUCGAUCCAAUGAGAUAGCGCAUGGCGUCUACGAUUCGCCUUGGUAUCAACCUCGAGGACACGUAGCAAGGGAUUUGAUGAUGAUAAUCAAUCGCGGACACAGGUCGUACCACGUGACAGCUGGGAAAUUCCUCUCGAUGAACAUAUUCACAUUCAAAGAAAUUCUGAGGUCAUCAGCUUCCUAUUUGUCUGUCCUGAAAGUAAUGAUGGACACGUGAAAACCAUUUGAUCGCGAGUGCUAUGUAUUUCUUUCGCGACCCUCGAUACAUCUAAGACUCAAACCUUCACAAACAUACCUAUGCACGAAGCAUGCUAUAAUCAAUUAAUCAUGAGUAUACAAUGGUUUGGAUCAGUGUAUGUGAAUAAAUAAGAAUUUUUCCAGAGUGCAAUUUUAAGACGAACUGAUUACGAACGUCCCAUCGUUUGAGUUGAAAGUAAUCGAUUGCAAUUUACUCGUUUCAGUUCUUCUACUUUCCUUAGAAGAAAGGGUAUCUUCUUACUAUAAGAAAAUAGAUCUUCGUUCUUUCCGUCUUUCCUUACAUAUAGCUGGAACCCUAUUCUGAUAUUUAGCUAUGAAAGUUGAAUAGUCUUUGAUAAUACAGACCAAUUUUCAAUACGUAUGAUCUUUUUAAGAAUUUAUCAUAUAAGUUGGAUAUUAUCUAUAAAUACAGAUCAAUUUUUGAAACGGGUGAUGCUGCUCGAUGGAAACCGCGGUGUUACCCGUACAAUAGCAUAGCAAUAUAGCAUUCACCUACGAAGUAACUCCCCUCUCCCAUUACAAUUUUCUUGGAAAUGUACAGUUGACGUAGAAGUGGUAACUUACCGGCGGUGGAUAAUAAAGCAAUUACAGUAGAAUAAAAGAUGAACCAAGAAAUAGAAACACAAUUCGUAAACAUGUGGGAAGAAGGAAAGGGAAGGUGUUCACGAUUGCGUGGAGUUAUUUGUCAAUCUUCGUCCUGUCAGGAUGAAGGUGUCGACGAGUAAGGAUUUCGCUUACGCGAUGACUCCGUUGAAAAUCUUGUCGUGGCCUGUAGGUACUUGGCCUCUUCAAGACUACGAUGUCUUCUCCGCUAUACGCGCCAUAAUUGCGACUUUUUUUCUGGUAUGAAACUCAUACUACUAUUCUAUGCGAAGUUAACAUGUGUGUUAUCCACACGAGAACAAAAGUGAGUAGACAAUUAGGUGGAACUACUAGAUCUAGAGUUAUACGAAGUGAAAUUUUAUAUAUCAUAGUAUACACAAAGAUUAUUUAAAAAAUAGUUGAAAUGAUAUUUUCAUUUUUACAUAAUUGAACUGUGUUUUAUGAAAAUACAUACAUACAUAUUUCUGUCAACUGACUUUUCUCCGAACGUGCUAAUGAACUUUCUAAAAGGUCUGCAUUGAUUCGCGCCACUCUUUGUACUCAUUAUUGUUCUCUUUCCUGAGAAAUAAAUAUUUCUAUAAAACAAGAGUAGAACAUUUCCGAAAAAUUUAAGGCAAGGAAAUUGUGCAAACAACAAGGAAUUUAAAGAUAGACUGAAAUAGCCAAAGUUUCUAACUUCGUUGGUCUUUUUACUUUCCAAUUUGUGCACUUAAUGAAUAUGGUUUCCGAACAGCUGAAAUUGGCACGUUUAAGGAUUGCCG